CUUCCGCCCCACGGCAAGAUGGCGGCGCCCGGGCGCUGCCACGCAGACUUCCGCCCGGCGCGGAGGCCUAGGGUGGGCUGCGGGUCGCACUGGAUGUGAAGUCUGGACGCGCGAGGUGCGGAGCUGCAGCCCAGGUGCGUUGAGGCAACAUGUCGGAAGGAAACGCCGCCGGCGAGCCCAGCACUCCAGGAGGGUCCCGACCCCUCCUGCCCGGUGCCCGGGGGCUUAUCGGGAGGAGGCCGGCGCCUUCCCUCACCCCAGGCCGCCUUCCCUCCAUCCGCUCCAGGGACCUCACCCUCGGAGGAGUCAAGAAGAAAACCUUCACCCCAAAUAUCAUCAGUCGGAAGAUCAAGGAAGAGCCCAAGGAAGAAGUAGCAGUCAAGAAGGAAAAGCGUGAAAGGGAUAGAGACCGACAGCGAGAGGGCCAUGGAAGGGGUCGGGGGCGCCCAGAAGUGAUCCAGUCCCACUCCAUCUUUGAGCAGGGCCCAGCUGAAAUGAUGAAGAAGAAGGGGAACUGGGAUAAGACCGUGGACAUGUCAGACAUUGGGCCCUCUCACAUCAUCAACAUCAAAAAGGAGAAGAGGGAGACGGACGAAGAAACAAAACAGAUCCUGCGUAUGCUGGAGAAGGAUGAUUUCAUCGAUGACCCUGGCCUAAGGAAUGACACUCGAAAUACACCUGUGCAACUGCCACUGGCUCACUCAGGCUGGCUUUUUAAGGAAGAGGAUGAAGAAGCAGAUGUUAAACCUUGGCUUCCUGGCCACAAGGAAGAGGACAUGGAUGUGGACGGGCCUGCUGUGAAAGUGAAAGAAGAGCCACGAGAUGAGGAGGAGGAGACCAAGGUGAAGGCUCCUCCCAGAGCCACCCGGAAGACCCCGAGCCUACCGAAGGACGUGUCUGUGGCAGAGCUGCUCAGGGAGCUGAGCCUCACACAGGAGGAAGAGCUGCUGUUCCUGCAGCUGCCAGACUCGCUCCCUGGCCAGCCACCCACUCAGGACAUCAAGCCUGUCAAGACGGAGGUGCAGGGCGAGGAUGGCCAGAUGGUGGUUAUAAAGCAGGAGAAAGACCGGGAAGCCCGCCUGGCAGAGAACACCUGUACCCUGGCUGACCUGACAGAGGGCCAGGUUGGCAAGCUGCUCAUCCGCAAGUCAGGGAAGGUGCAGCUCCUCCUGGGCAAGGUGACUCUGGACGUGACGAUGGGAACCGCCUGCUCUUUCCUGCAGGAGCUGGUGUCUGUGGGCCUUGGAGACAGUAGGACGGGUGAGAUGACAGUCCUGGGACAUGUGAAGCACAAACUUGUAUGUUCUCCCAAUUUUGAAUCCCUGUUGGAUCACAAGCACCGGUAAAACGAGCAGAUGGAGCAUGGUGGUGACUGCCCACGGCUGCUGCCUGCUCCAGACGUUUUGUUCUCAAAUCUGUUGGACCCAGAAGGGGCCUGUUUAGCCCACCCACUCCAGCCAUUGUCCCAGUUUUCCCCCCAGGGCCCACGCGGCUCCCUCCCACAGCAGCCGUGAAUGGCGACGACCUUCCCACAGCACAGAAACUGCACCUCCUCACCGCUGGGGGAUUUGUCCUUGCUAUUUAUUUUUAUAUUUAUGUCUUAUCUCUUCACCUGCCUGUCCCCUCCCCAGGUGGAGAGGGGACGGUCUGUGGGAAAGGGUGCUUUUCCUUUGCUUCUCAGGGUGGGAAACGGAAGGAUGGCUGCUUUUGCUCCCUCCUUCUUCCUGUGAGGCAACGCCCAAGAGCGAGUAGGGAAUUCUUGAGUCUGAGAUGCAGUCCCAGCUCUGCUGUUACUAAUCGUGUGAUUGGUCAAACUACCUAACCUUUCUGAGCCUCAUGUUCCUCAUCUGAGAAAAAUGAGGACGAUACCUACCUCACAGGGUUGGUGUGAGGAUGAAAUGGAGCAUUUUCGAUGAAAACUCCUUGCACAAGGCCAGACGUACACAGUAGUCACUCAAUAAAUGUUAGUUUAGUUUC